GAUAAGCUGAAGAUAUACAAAGAAGAGUAGAAAGGUGAAAUAUUAAGACUUGGGCUUCCUCCAAAAAGAUAUAUAAAUCUCUCUGCCAUUUAAAUCCAAAUGCCAAGUCUUAGGAGCACGCUACUACACUUGCUCGAGGAGUUCAAGAACAUUAGAGAGCUUAAGAAAAUUCAUACCCAAAUCAUAAAGUCUCCAUUUUUAUCCACAGAUGACCAAGCUUUCCUCAUUACCCGUCUCCUAUUCUUCUCCGCCAUUUCUGAUUCUGAUUCGGGUUCUCACAGAUACGCUGCCCAUGUCUUUCGGGCCAUAAAGGAUCCGAAUCUCUACGUCUAUAACGUCAUGAUCAGAGCAUAUGUGUGUACAAAGGAUGAAACUCUUUCUUCGUUUGGGUCCUUGUUGCUGUAUAAGCAAAUGCUCUGCGUUGGCAUUUCCCCUAAUUGUCUCACUUUUCCGUUCCUUGUAAAAGAAUGCACAAGUAGGUUUGAUGGCGGCACAGGCCGGAGUUUCCAUGCACAAGUCGUCAAGUAUGGGCUCGACAAUGAUGUUUUUGUUCAAAAUUCGUUGAUUGGUAUGUACUCUGCAUGUGGGUUUCUGAAUAGCGCACGUACAUUGUUUGAUGAAAUGUUGGAAAGGGAUGUUGUUUCUUGGAACUCGAUGAUAAAGGGGUAUUUGAGAAGUGGGAAUCUUGAUGUGGCAUUGAAUCUGUUUGAGAAGAUGAACAAGAGAAACAUCAUUACUUGGAAUUCCAUGAUUACUGGGUUUGUUCAAGGUGGUCGGCCAAAGGAGGCCUUGGAACUUUUCCAUGAAAUGCAGAUCACUAGUGGUGAUAUGGUUAAACCGGAUAAGAUCACAAUUGCCAGUGUCGUUGCAGCUUGUGCUCAUCUUGGUGCAAUUGAUCAUGGGAUAUGGGUGCAUGCGUACCUGAGGAGAAGUGGCCUGGAGAGUGAUGUGGUUAUUGGGACAGCUCUGGUUGACAUGUACGGUAAGUGUGGAUGUGUGGACAAAGCGUAUGAGGUCUUUCAGGAAAUGCCCAACAAGGAUACUUUGGCAUGGACAGCUAUGAUUUCAGUGUUGGCUCUCCAUGGGUUUGGAAAUGAGGCUUUUGACAUUUUUAAACAGAUGGAAACAACUGGGGUGAAGCCAAACCAUGUGACAUUUGUCGGGCUAUUGUCAGCUUGUGCUCAUUCUGGUUUAGUAGAGAAAGGUCGCUGGUGUUUUGAUGUGAUGAAGUGUGUUUACUUAAUUGAACCGCAGCUCUAUCACUAUGCAUGCAUGGUUGAUAUUCUUAGUCGUGCCGGGCUGAUUGAAGAGGCAGAACGGUUUAUAAGAAGCAUGCCAAUGAAGCCAGAUGCAUUUGUUUGGGGUGCAUUACUCGGAGGCUGUCAAAUACAUGGAAAGGUCGAGUUAGGAGAAAGGCUGGCGCAGUAUUUAAUUGGUUUGGAACCUUUGAACCAUGCUUUUUAUGUUAACUUGUGUGAUAUAUAUGCCAAAGCUAAUAGAUUUGAUGACGUAAAGAGAAUCAAAUCCUUAAUGAAAGAAAGAGGGAUAAAAAAGGAAGUCCCAGGCUCUAGCAUGAUUGAAAUUGAUGGGGUUGUUCUUGAAUUUUCUGUGAGAGGAUCACCAGAUGUUGUAAUGGAGGAAGUAUUGUUGGUCUUGUAUCAGUUGAGCCAGAGGAGGCCUUGGACUGUAAGUUUAUGAUUGAAUAGCGGUUACUGGUAGCUUUCAAAAUCUAUCUAAAUAUUGUCUAGAGAUCGGCACAUAUGAAAGAAUAAAUCAAAGAAGUGGGGUGCAACUAGAGGACUUCCGAGAAGGUCACCCUUCCUAGUAGGCUAGCACACUCUCGCCUAAAGGAAUGGUUCCCUCUUGAAAUUCUGAUUAUCAAAUUGCUGUGCAAAUGCUAAUUUCAGAACUAGAGGAGGAGCACCCCUAUUAUAGUUUGGUGUCUAGGGGUCAGAAAUGGCUACUAUAUAAAGAUUUUAGUAUUACUGAUGGAUUGGCAGAGAAGGAAAUUGCCUUGCUGAUAGAUUGGCAGCUCUAGGCUUGCAACUGGAGAGGGGAUGCAGAAUUUGGGAUAGUAUGCCGGAAGGGCUUGGGCUUUUUGUCUUGGAGGAUUUGAGCGGGGUAUAUAUAUAUAUAUAUAUAUAGCUUCUGUUAAAUCACACAUACACCCAAAAAAAAAAAAAAAAAGGGGUUUUUUUUCUUCCUCAUCCCCAUGGGUGUCAUGGAUUUUCUUUCCACUCCGAUACCUCCCAUAGCAAUAAGUUUAGUAGUAACUAGCAAGGGCACCCGCGCGAUGCUGCGGGUUUUGAAAUUGCGUCAAAUGUGUAUAAAGUCGUUAAAAUAUGUAAGAAAUAUGGC